AUGAAGGUUCUAGUUGUAUUAUGUUCAAUUUUGGCGGUUGCCAUUAGUGAACCUCCAGUUCGACACGGACCACAGUAUUUUGGACCACCACCACCACCACCGCCAACAAGUUCACCCGUAUCAUCAGUGAAAUAUGGUGUACCUAGUCAAAGAUACGUUACUGGUCCUUCACCAACUCAAAGCGCCAUAUUAGGUCGUACGCCAUUCAUUGCAUCAAAUAACGCUAUAGAGCCAGCAAAAAGUAAUUAUGAACCAAUAACUUUGUCCGAUUUGAUUGGAAAUAAUCAUGGAAGUCAACCAACCCCCGUGUAUGGUAUACCAUUCAACAGUGGUUUAACAACACAGUCAUUCGUUGUUCCAAGUCAAAUUAAUUUCGGAGUUCCAAGUCAGGCUUAUGGAUCUCCGUCUCCCACAUUGCGUAAUAAAGGAGGUAAAAGCAAUAGACAACCAUCGCCUACCUCUAAUUCGUUGAAUAGUGGAAGACGUCCAUCUACUCAAUACGGUGUACCUCAUGCAUCUGUAGCGCCAGCUGUAAUUUCACAACCAAGUAUAGAAUAUGCUCCACAACAUUUUAAUAGUGCGCCAAUAAUAAGUACUAGUGCAUAUCUACCUCAAACACCUCAAACAAUUACCAUUCCAAAAAGUACCCCUGCAAUAAUUAGUAGCGAUGAAUAUAGUCCUUAUUUCCCAAAUAUUGAAACCGAAAGUAUAGCCAGCAGCGGAUAUAGUGGAAAAAGUAACGCUAAUUAUGAUAGCAAAUCGCUACCAGCGAAUUAUGAAUUCGAAUAUGCAAUAACUGAUCCAAAAAGUGGUAAUGAUUUUGGACAUAGAGAAUCUCGUCAAGAACAUUCUACUCAAGGUCGUUAUUAUGUACAACUUCCUGAUGGUCGUCGACAAAUCGUUGAAUAUGAAGCUGAUCAUAAUGGAUAUAGAUCCAAAAUAACUUAUGAAGGUGAAGCCAAUUUCAAUACAAAUGCUGGUAAUGGCAAAAAUAAUGCUGCAUCUAGUCAAGAAUCAAAACCGAUACAUGAAACAUUGCUAGAUAAUAUAAAUAACGGCUAUAGGUAUUAA